UGCGUCUGCUUCUGCUGGCAGCCUGGCAGGCUGGUAGCCUGCGUGCGUGUAUUGUGCGACGGCGGUAUUGCGUUUCAGUGUUAUGUCGCCCCUUUUGCGCGAGAAUCUCUGAGUAAAUGAUAAAUAUGACGAAUUCGGUACCGGACAGAUGGUUGGAGUACAAAGCAUUCGGCGAUGUGAUCAAGGGCACCAAGAUUCUUGCAUUCAAAGUCCCACUGAAAGACGCCAUAGCGAAGAAUCUGAAGCCGGAGCAACGAUUUACUACGAAAAACUUGCUGCAAGCGUUUCCUCAUCUCAAGUAUAUCGUCGAUUUGACUAAUACCUAUCGCUACUAUGACAAAAAGGAAUUUACAAAUGCUGGUGUUAAAUAUGAAAAAAUUGCCAUUCCGGGAAGGAAGAUCCCGUCUAUGGAUAUAAUCAAAAAAUUCUUUAAAGUGAUGGAUGAUUUCACGUCGACAUGCGGUGAAGAUGAACUUAUAGGAGUCCAUUGCACACACGGUGUUAACCGUACUGGUUAUUUAAUUUGUAGAUAUCUCAUUCAGCAGCUCGGCUGGGAAAUUCAAGAUUCUUUAAAAGCUUUUGGAGAAGCACGCGGAUAUCCCGUUGAACGCGACAUUUAUCUCUCCGGAUUGAAAGAGGUCCAGCGAGGUAAAAAGAUCGACACGAGCAAAGUUGUUUUGACGCCGAAUUCUGUCGGCGCCGUAACUAGGAAGAAUCCGAGGAUGCGCUCGCUGGUGAAAAAUUCGGUAGGCCGGCCGAUGGGGCCACCGGGAUAUGGGAUGUCGCGGCGAGGAUUCGCGAAUGGUGGACCGUUUUCGCCUCAGAGAUUCGCGGGUCCACCGGGAUUCGGGCCGAUGCCACCUCCGCCCGGUAUGCCGCCCAUUCCGCCGAUGAACCCGUCACUCUACGGGCUCAGGCCAUUUAGGUAUGGACCACCGCCGAUGCGCCAGGCGAUGCCGCCGACGCCGCCCGGGCCGAGGCCGGGCAUGCCGCCUCCUGGUUUUCCGCCUCGUAUACCAGGUCCGCCGAGGAUGCCAGGUCCACCGAGAUUGCCGCCUGGACCGACGGCGCGGUUACCGCCGCCACCGAAGAUGCCACCCCCGCCUCCACCUCCGCCUUCGAGAACAAUCAGAUCAUCCAAACAGUUCCAAGUACAACAGAAGAAGCAGCAGAUUAGAAAUGGUAUCAUGGAGCGCGCGGUGAACAUUCGCAUGAGGCGAAAUGGGCCGGCUAACAAUAGAAUUUUGCCCAAAGCGCAUAAGGAACAGGACUUCACUGUUGAUACGUUCGAGGAGAAUCUGCUCGCAACGUCGGUCCCGCCACCGAAACGGCAAACGAAAGGACGUUAUAAUCAAUCCAAGUGACCAUGUAUUCACUAGGAAUGCUAUGAUACUUAAACGCAGAUUUUUUUUUUCAAUACAUCGCUAUAAGCAGAUGUUCACAGUGUCUAAGAUAUCUCGUGCGCAAUUGCUGUCCUGUGACGAGCAGGAAUACCUCACAGUUUGCACAAUUAUUUUUGAACUUGGAUAUUGAAGCUCGAACAGACUCGAGUCAUAUAAUGUGUGAAUUGUUACUACAUUGAUAUCAAUAACAUACAGCUCCCGUAGAUAUUUUUUAUUUUACCGAUGUAUUUUAUAUUAAAGACGCAAACUUUGUCGAAAAUCUCAUGAUACUAAUGUUCAUUUUCUGAUUUAUGUCUAUGUACAUUUAAUUUCUAUUUUAGCACUUGAUUAAAUAAUUAUUAACAGUAAUAAUUAUUAUAUACUAUUAUAUAAUUAAGUAUUGUAAAGCAGGCUCUAUCGAUCAAUAAUAUUGUGUAAUAAUAAUAUUAGGCAAAUAUUGUGCAAUGAUAUUGAAUCUAGUGGCCGCUUCCUAAAAUUUUAUUUAGACUACUUGUUGAUGUGGUAUCAUGAGAUUGCGUCAGAAGACAUUUAGGGGUAUUUCUGUAAUAAAUAGUUAUUUAUAUAUGUUCAAUGGGAAAAACGAAAUAUUAUGUAAAAAUAGAACUGCCCAUUACUAUCUUGUGCAGGUACUAUUAUAGAUUUAAGUGUGAGCACAUUAUUAAUAUAAUUUCUUAUUCGACAUUUUUAUGAAAUUUUAGUUUGAACAUUUAAUAUUCUUAUUUCAUAUUAUAUACAUAUGUGUAUGUAAACGAGUUGCACACAUUUAAAACCAAAUAUUAUAUAUGAAAUGAUUAAGGAAUAAUCUAAAAAAAAAAAACAAUCAAAACAGAUAGAGUGGAGAGAAUAACUUUAUGUACAAUUUUAAAUAAAAUGUGUGCAUUUAGAUAUAAGUGAUAUACACUAUAAAAAAAAUUAAAUUGGUAGUUUUUUAUCCAUUCAUAUUCGGAGGAAACCCGCAAUUAUCUUUACGAAUAAGCGCUAGGCGGAUGUACGUACAAUUCUGAUAUCAAUUCUUCUAGCAAGAUAUUGGUUAAACAGCAAUUAAUUAUUGCAUUACAGGUUAACAGUAGUACGAGAUAUCUGCCAAUCUGGAUGUAUCAGGUAUUUAAUUUUUUUUUUAAUGACAUAACAUAUCACUCUUUGCAGGUCGAAUUACGAGCAAAUUUUAUUUUUUCUCUUCGAUGUGUGAUUUAUUAUCGUCCCUUUUAUUUUAUAUUUGUCACAAUCAAUUCUUUUCUGAUCGCUUUAAAUCUGUAUUCGAGAGAAUUACUUUUUAUUUAGACUACUUGUUUUAUAUACGGGGACCGAAUGUUUUACGAGGAUGCUCGAUGGUGAAGUAGCUUGGUAGUUUGAUGUUGUCGCUGUUAUAAGAUUACGUAGACACAGGUACGCGCGUGGCGCGAACGUAAUUGAACGUGUGCCGGGAAGAUCGGAGCAGGCCAUGGCUGGUCGUGCAUCGUGUAUCUCGUUCCGAGAUAUUAAAGUGAUUCAAUAUUCGGACCGGAGUCAAAGGGUCACGCGUGUAGGAAGAACACGUCUCUCGCGCGCCUGACCAUAUAUCACGAAUUGCCGUUGGCGUACGUGGAAUUAUUCCACGAGAAAUUGCACGCGUCACACGCCUUGAGCCUCGGGGGCUUUACCCGGCGGCCUUAAAAGUGAGACUUGAUGAUAGGAAGGGCAUAAAUUAAGUGUGCUUGUGUGUGCGUUUUACGGCGUGCUGUUUCCCUCUCGCUUGAAUGUAGAUGUACCUUGCUCUGCUUAUAAUGACGAAUCGGCGAAUUCCGACAUAUUGUCAAAAAUCGAGAAUACAUGAACGAUACACGCUAAUUGACGCGAAUUGACAAACAUGUAAUUCUUAAAUUAUCAAUUCUCCUAACUCUAAGAUUAAAGGGGGAUUUAAUAAAUUGCAGAAAAUUGAACGUUAUGCCUAUGCAAAAAAAAUGAUACACCUUUAUACGGCAUGAACAUAAGAACAAGAAGUAGUUUAACAGUAUAAAAUUUGAAGCUGAAACAUUUUAUCAAUUAAUUGUUACAUUUGUCAUAAAAAUAUGCUUUAUUUUUUCCUCUUAUUACUUGCUAGCACUUGGAAUAAAUUCAGUGAAUUUAUUACAAUUCGUUCGCUUUUAUUACAAUUAAAUAUGCUCUAAGCUUACGCUUGUAGACGCAAAGUUCUAAGCUAAAACGUUUUAUCACAUUGUUACAUUUAUCAUAAAGAUGUACUUUAUUUUUUCCUUUCAACUAUUUGCCAGCCAAUUCGAUUAACAAAAAAAUAUAACAUAAAUCGUUCUCUUUUAUUAAAGUUAAAUAUGCUUCAAUUAAGUUAUGGUUGUAGAUGUAAUGUAGGAUUUUGUAGACCUAAAUGUUAGGAAGUAAUGAAAGAGAGAAGGAGAGAGAGAGAGAGAGAGACGAGCGACCACGACGAGAAAAGAGGUCGUCGUGGAUAGAAGGAAUUCGAAAACUUUCUCAGAGGUGGAAAGAUCGUCGCCCUUCUUGCCACGCUCCCGGCUCACGGGAGACAAUCCGAAAGUAACUUCUGGUGCGGGCUACUGGCGCCAUGGGGAAACAAUCGUCCAACACGAUCAUCGAACGUAACCGCGCACGCGAGACAACAGUUUCCCCGGGCCUCGUACCUAUCUCUCAGACAUUAGAUUUAUCGACAUAUUUUCUCAGUCUUUUGAGAGGCUUUAUUUACUUUUGUACAACGUCGUCUACCUCGCCCUCGUGCAUCGUUGCUGCACGCGGCUUGUUUCGGACCGCGCUGGACGCUGGUCGAUCAGAUCGGAGGGGGAUAGCAGAAACGGAGGUUUAACCUGGAAACGGAUCGGUGUUUGUAUAAAUUCUAUUUUGAGCAAAAGAGAACAUAUUUGUGUGACAAUCGAGAAUUGGUAGGAAUUGGAUAAGAAUCGUGACGAGCUUAUGGGAAACAUGUUAUAUCACGCCGAGCAAAUUUGUCAGCAUUUAAAAAGAAAAUUAUGAAUUAUUACUAUUGCUUAUGUCAUAAUUAUCUGCAAAAAGAACGCGAGAGUUAUCGAUUAAUAAUAGUAUAGUCUUACGAUUGUAUUAUACAAUUCUACCUUUGAUUUAUAAACUUUUCAAUACAAAACAAAAUGAUAUUCAUAAGUAUAACGCGGUAUAAUCGAUUGUGAUUUAAUCGAAUGACCGUUUAACAUGUUAAGCUGAAACUUUUUUUUUUUAGAGGUAUUGACAGAAAUUUCUAUUGCUGCGAUCGUAACCGAUGCGGAGUUAUUGCGAACGAGAAGAUUGCAUGACCUAACUACCGCGUGAUUGUUCCAAACGAUCUUUCGGGUGCGUUUCGACGGAACUUUUCAAAUAAUUCGUAAAAACCCGCAGAGGGACAAACAAGUCCAUAAAGACCUCGCGUCAUCUCGCCGUUUCUUCUUCCUCACGUCUAGCUUCCUCUUUCGAUCAGUCGUUUUACAUGUCUUUGAGGUGCGAUCUAUCAGAAACACAGAUCACAAAUCAGAUAAUUCGUAUGCAUAUCUGAUCCGUAUGUAAAUUCGUACAUGUAUAAAUGAGUUGCAGAAUAAAAUAAUCAUUAGGAAAAAGUAAAUUAAAGGGAAAUAAUGAUUUGUUUUGCAAAAUAAUUUUUAAUUUUUAUUAAGAGGAAUAACAUUUUAUUUAGUAUAUAGAUUAGCAUAAUCUAUAAUCUUUAGUUUAAUUAUGUACUUAUAUAUUAUGUUUAAUAAAUAAUUAACCUUAUUAAAUACAGCUAAAUUACACAUGUUUAUUAGAAUAAAUAAAUCUUCAUGUAUUGUAAUUUUUUUGUUAACAAAUUUUAUUUUUUAUUUUUUCUCUUUUAUAUCGAAAUCAAGCAAAUAGAAAAGUGGCGAGAAAAGUGUCGAAAUUUUAAACUUUCUAUUUUCGGAGAGAGCAAGGUUCAUAAUUUCGCAGAAAAAAUUCCUAUGAAUUCCUUUUAAUUUGUUUAUUUUUUUUUGCAAAAAAAGAUUGAACGUCUAUAAUUCACUAAUGGAGGGAUCGGCAGCGAGCUCCUCGUCCGAUGUGGCAAUUAGUCCCGAUUAAUUCCUCAAAAAUGAGAAGGAACGCGCGUGUGCUCUGCGGUAGGUAUAGAUCAUUUAGGGUAGAGACUUUGGAGUCGAAUAGAAGGCCAAAGGCUAACCACACACGUGGUACGAUCUCUAGCAUCUCUCUCUCUCUCUCUCUCUUUCCAUAUCUCCUCUCUAUUCCGUAUAUCCUUUAUUCCGUGCAUCCUCCGGCCUAUGUAUUACGCGUAUGUAUGUAUAUAUGUAUGUAUGCACAUCUCGUUGGCACGCCAAUACGAUGCGUGGCAGUGCACUUUAAUGCCGUGGCGCGGCCUACUUAGCGGCUGGCUUGAUUAACGUGGAGUGAUUAAUAGUUGCUCCCUCUGUAACCAACCCCAACAGCGGCGGCAUCGAAGAUCUAAUCGCACGAUAUUUAUUGCCCUUCGCGUCGUCCACUUCGGGGCCCUCGGCUACGGCGAUUUUGCGAGCCCGCUCCCUCUUCCCUUAGCCCCCUUCCACGAUCUCCUUUUCGAUUUCGUUUAUUUUGGUUUUUAUUUUCGUCUCACUCGGAGCCGGUCCGCGGGCUCCUCGCCUUCCUGAGUCUCGGCCUUCCAGCAUCGCCCGAAUGCCUUUCGGUUCCCGUUUCAGCUCAAGUUAUUUAACAGUGGUUUAAUGAUAUUUAUUUACGCGACGUAUAGCUAGUAUAUAAUAUCUGUUUAAAACAAGUGAGAUACAAGGUAUUUAUUUACUUUGUUUUAAGAUAUUCCGCUUUCGGUAACGAGCAUUAUUUCAAACUGUUGCUAUACACACACACACACACACACACACACAUAUAUGGUAUAUAUAUAAAUAUUUAUUUCCAUGUAUUUCAAUUCUAAUUCCAUUUGAAUAAAAAGAAUCUAUCUAUGCUUUCGAUAAAUUCGUGAUGAUACGCUGUUGGGUUUUGCGCGAGAGACAUAUCUAUCUCGUUUGUUCCCCCUUUACAUGUUGCGUCAGCGUUACGUUGGCGCCGCAUUCGUCUAUCCAAUCUGUAGCCGUGUUUACAAUCCCAGCUUCGACGGCUUGCAAUUGUUCUGACCAGGGAUGACUAUUUGUAAAUAGAUAUGGACAUUUUACUCCUUCAAGUAUCCAUUCUACAAAAGUGAUUAUUACAGGGAUAUGGAUACCAGAAUUGAUAGAUAUCCUUCAAAAAAGUCGGAAUCGAAACUUAUAAAUGUGAUUAUUUUUGUAAUGAUUGCAUUCGAAAACACAUCAUGUCGUAGUUUGAUAUAAUUUAAGGUAUUGUUUCGAAAUGCGUAUCUACAAAUGUACAAUAUAUAUAUUUUCUGUCCAGUGCAACAUUGAAAUAAAAAAGGGUUUACUUAA